AUGGUGGAUCAGACCGAGUCCGCCGUCCGCCGUCGAAGAAGACCGGCGACAACUGGCGAUUGCAUCUAUCAUACUGGGCCGCUCCCGAGGACGAGUCCUCGUCAACAGCGCUUCAAUCAGCCUGGUGAGGGUGACUUGGGGUCCGGGUCCGAGAACUCAACCCUAGUUGAGAAAGCGUCAAAUAGAAGUGGGAAAUUGACGGCCGGGACUUCGUCACCCCAUGCACACUCGAAAGACUCACCCUCCUCGGCGGAAGGCUCUGCUCAGGAGCUGGAUGAUUUGAAGAACAGGAUUCGGAAGCUUGAGGAUCAGCUAGCCAAGACGUCGAUAAGAUCACCCACCAUAAGAUACCCCGGAGGAGAGUCAACGCCCGAGGCAGACACAAGCACGGCGUUACUUGAUGGCACCUUUCACUUCCAGCAACAGGCCCAUGAGGUAGGCCAGCCUCAAGCGGUCGCUCGAGGCUUCUCCCACAAAUCUCGCGUGUUUGGGAAAAGCCACUGGGUUAAUAGCAUCGCACCGCCUCAGCUCAUUGGUGGCGGGACACCAAAGGCUCUGACCACUGUACACAAAUGUAAACAACUGGCGAGAGUCAUCAAAUCACGGUGGUCUCCAAAAUGGCCAACUGAAUUCACAACCGAACUACCCCGGAAGGACAUUGCCGAUGACCUUGUUGAUUGCUACCUCAGAACCACCGAGACUGUGUAUCGGGUCUUACACAUACCUAGCUUCAGAAGAGAUUACGAAUCGCUGUGGAUUUCUGACGGUAAGAAAGAUACAGGAUUUCUGGCCUCGCUAAAGUUGGUCCUUGCUAUUGGGGCUGUCACCUAUGAUGACAAGUUCUCCAUGCGCAUGUCCGCUCGUCGGUGGAUUUACGAGGUACAGACCUGGCUCUCAGAACCAGAAUUCAAGUCCAGGUUGGAUAUCCAGUUUAUGCAAACUAGAAUCCUAUUGCUUCUUGCCCGAGAUCUGGUCAAAGUCGGAGGAGACUCAACAUGGGUUAGCACCGGCGAGGUUAUAAGAACAGCGGUGAGUUUGGGGCUUCACCGGGACCCAAAAAGGCUACCGGCAAAACCCAAACUUGUCUGCGAGAUGCGUCGGAGGCUCUGGAACACAGUGCUGGAGAUUGAUACCCAGACGAGUCUGCACAAUGGGAGCAUGCACAGCAUCUACAUGGAGGAAUCAGAUACGGAGAUGCCGGGAAAUUUCAACGACGAACAAUUAUUGCACGAGGGAGCUAUUCCGUCGCCCGAAACAGAGUUCACUCAAAUGUCCUUCAUUCUCAUUCUCCGCAAGUCUCUUGAAUUGCGUCGUAUGAUUGUUAGAUUUUUGAAUAGCAUCAACUCUCGAGGGACAUAUGAAGAGACGCUUCAGCUGGAUGCACAACUCAGGAAGAUGUAUAAAGAUCUCUACAAGAACAUGCACGGAUAUACUAUAGGAGCAUCUCCUAGCAUAUUCUCGUCGAGCUUUGUCGAUCUCCUUUUGCAGCGCUAUAUCUUAGCCCUUCACGCUCCAUAUUUCGGACCAUCGCUGAGUGAGAUAAGAUACUCAUUCUCAAGGAAGAUGGUGAUCGAGGUUGGACUUAAGAUAUGGUGCACGAUAUACCCAAAUUCCGCGACGAGAUCUUCUGUUACUGCAGGAGCAGAUCUAGCUUCUGGUGCCCAUGACUUUUGGCGCUGGGUUACGAGUGGCAGUGGUUUCUUCCGCUAUGGUUUCGCGCAGGUGUUAGCCCUCAUUGCCAUUGAACUCAGAGCUCAGAUCCGAGAGCAGGAGUGUCUAGGUCCUGCACCAUUGCGGUCUGACCUGAUGAACGUCUUGGGGCAAGGACUUGACUGGUGUGUUCGCUGCAUCGAACGUGGAGAGACAAAUGUGCGAGGAUAUAUGCUGCAGUCUGUGGCGAAAGCUCAGAUCGAGGGCCUUCAGCAAGGACGUUCAAAUGAGGAAGUAGCAAUAUCGAUGAUACUUUCUGCAGAAGAAUGCGCAGGGCAUGCCCUUGCACUAUUGCAGGAUACGUUCGCACAGACUCAGGGAGAUGAAAACACCAACAUCCCGGAACAAUUUGCAGCAGUGAACCCCACGUCUGCGACAGGCAUCGGUUGGGAUUUUGAGAUGCCAGACGAGAUGUUUAAUUUCAAUAUGGAUGAUCCCACGAGACUGGCUGUUGACGAGGACAUGAUGGCGAACUCCAUGUUUGGGAAUUUCUUCCAUGACGUCUCCUUCCUGGGCUGA